UUCUAUAAAUUAUAAGCCACCUUCGCUUCCCAUUUAGCCCACCUAUCGCCUGCCCUUCUUGGAAACCCCUUCUUCCCAAGAGCUAAAAAAAGGCAAACGAAACAGAAAGGAGAAGAGAGGGAAAGGCUGAGGAAAAAAAACAACGGGGAGAGAGGUAUAGAAAUUCUUGUCAUGGCCCCCAGAGAGAAGGCUGCCGGCGGAAGAGGCGUCUUGAGCGGAGGAGCGGCGGCUGGAGGAGGGAAGGAGGUGCAUUUCCGGGGAGUGAGGAAGAGGCCAUGGGGGAGGUACGCGGCGGAGAUACGGGAUCCCGGGAAGAAGAGUCGGGUCUGGCUGGGGACGUUCGACACAGCGGAGGAGGCCGCCAGGGCGUAUGACGCCGCCGCCCGCGAGUUCCGUGGAUCCAAGGCGAAGACCAACUUCCCCUACCCGGAAGCCUACCAGAGUGCCGGCGGCGGCGGCGACGGUAGAGGAGGCGGUGCUGCCAGGAGCCCUAGCAGCCAGAGCAGCACCGUCGAGUCAUCCAGCCGGGAGGCCGCCGUGCCGCCGAUGGCCCAUCCCCUCCCUUCUUCCCUGGAUCUCGACCUCCACCGCGGCGCGCGGUUCCCCUUCCAGCCCUACCCGACCGCCGUCCCCGCCACCGGCGUCGCGCCUUCAUUCUUCUUCCUCGACGCUUUUGUCAGAUCCGAAAAGGUCGCGGCGGCGGCGGCGGCGAACCACCACCACCUGACGAUGGGCACCCCGAUGUUCCUGGCCGAUUUCCAGGCCCCUCUCGCCGGCGGCAUCUCCAGCGACUCGGACUCGUCCGUCGUGGAUUUGCUUCCCCACCACCCCUCUCCUCCGCUGCCCAAGAUGCUGCCUUUCGAUCUGGAUCUCAAUCUCCCUCCUCCGGAGGUCGCCUGAUCUGCCAUCCACCGACGGCUGCUCGUGAUCUUUUUCUUUGCUUUCUUUCUUAUGGUGAAAGGGAAUUUUACUUUUUUUUUUUUUUUUUGCUAUUCUCUAUGUUUGUACUUUUUCUUAGAAAGCCAUCUGAGAGAAACUUAUGUACAUACUUAACUUUGUUUUUUCCACUGAGAUGAACUUCUGUCUCUCCGAUCUUUUGAGUUCGAGAUCAGAUCCGGAGAUCCCUCAACUCAGUGCUGUAAUUUCUCUCAGUUUAUCUUUCAAUUAAUGGAAUAUAUCUGAUUUUUCUCCUAA